UAGAUUUGUUUGUGGGCUGGAUUUCCUUCUUUAACAACAGGUUAACAAAUUUACAGUUACUUCCAAUUAAGAAACCAAACCAACAUCCCAAACAAAAAAGAACUAGAAAACACAACAAAUAAAAACUAACAUUCAAAUCACAAAGCCAAAAUAACAAGCGAUUCCUUGUUUCAGAGUGAGAAUAGUGAAUGAAGACGAUGAAGUUCCACGUGAUCUUCGUUGCCAUUUUUCUUACACUUUUUUGUCUUUAUGACUUAGUUUUGUGCACGCAACAUGAUAUCAACAACAUCAGGAUCAACAAAAUGGGAGCAGGCGAGAAAUCUCCCAAUGAUUUUGCAGAAAUCGAAAGCCUCGCUCGUUUCGCUGUACAACAACAUAACAACAAAGAGAAUGCGUUUCUUGAAUAUGUUACGGUGUUGAAAGCCAAAGAACAGGUUGUAGCAGGUAAAGUAUAUUCUCUUACCCUGGAAGCAGUUGAUGCAGGAAAGAGGAGGAUAUAUGAAGCCAAAAUUUGGGUGAAGCCAUGGAUGAAUUUCAAGCAGUUGCAAGAAUUCAAACUUGCUCGUGUCAUCUCUCCCUUUAUGAGUUCUGAUCUCGGUGUUAAGCAAGAGGGACACAAAUUAGGAUGGUAUGAAGUUCCAAAUCACGAUCCCAAUGUCAAAGAUGCUGCUAAUUAUGCUGUGAAAUCCAUUACACGGAGGUCCAACUCUCUGUCUCCGUAUAAACUCCAGGACAUUGUUCAAGCCAAAACCAAGGUCAUUGAAGACCAUGUCAAGUUCGACUUGCUUCUGAAGGUAAGCAGGGGAGUCAAAGAAGAAAGGUUAAGGGUUGAGGUAGAUAAAAAACAAGGAGGAAGGUUUUAUAUGAACUGGAUGGAACAAGAUCACUCUUGAAUGAAUUGGUCAUCUUUAGAUUAAUUGAUGUAAGUGGAGUGAUGUUCAUGUGUUCUGUGCAUAAUUGUAUAGAUGUAAAUGAUUACAAUAUAAUACGUAUACGGACAAAUUGAGAUGCAUAUGUAAUAAUGUAACUUGCCUUUCAUAUGUUAUCAAUAAUUAGAUAUUAAUCUAUAGUCAA